CUGUAAAGGUUUGCUUAUCAAGUAGCUAACAGUUCAUCGAAAAUUUAUUAGAAUUUUCUAGAAAAUACAUCCGAGACAUUUAAUCAGUUCAUGUUCAGUUGGUGUUGACAAUUUACUUGAAUAUAAAAGGUUGAUUCCAAAGUCAAUUGUUCACUUGGAUUGUAAACUUCUACUUCAUCUUAAACAACUGUGCUCAUCUAGUUCAACAAAAUGCCAGUCCAAUUAUAUCACGCUAGCCUUUCUCCACCAGCCCGAGUAGUGCGAAUCCUUGCUAAGCAGAUUGGUCUAAAUGUAGAGGAAAAAGAAGUCAAUGUAAUGGCUGGUGAACAUAUGAAGCCAGAAUUCCUCGCCAUAAACCCAUUUCAUUGUGUUCCUACUUUGGUUGAUGAUGGAUUUGCUCUUUGGGAAAGUCGAUCGAUAAUUACUUAUCUUGUGGACAAAUUUGCUCCUGAACAUUCGCUUUAUCCAACUGAUUUACAAAAACGAGCAACAAUCAAUCGGUGGCUUUAUUGGGAUUUAGGAACAUUUUUUUUAUCAUUGAAAGCUUAUUACAGGCCAGCCAUUACCGGAAAACCAGUACAACCAGAAGCAGCUGAAGUGUUCAAGAAAAAUGCUUCUGCUCUGGAUGAAUCAUUGAAAAGUACUAAAUAUGUUGCUGGUGAUGAAUUGAGUGUUGCUGAUAUUUCAAUAACAGUUACCGUGACUUUAGCUACAGCAAUUGGUAUUGAUACAAGUGAACUCAAAAAUAUUCAAAAGUGGUUGAAACAAGUGGAAACUGAUCUAAAACCAUCGACAUGGCAAACUUUAGUCAUUGAUCCAGCUAAUGGUUUAGCAGAUUUACUCAAAUCAAUGGCUUCUAAAAAUUCAUAAAUUGAUUUUAAUUGUAAAGUUUUAUUCCAAACUUUUUAGCAUUAGUUUGAUUGAAACAUUAAAAUUUUUUAUUGAA